AUGUCAGAACCCUCUACGAUUCAUUCCUUCCUUGCAGACUCACAAAAGCAUGCGGUCACUCCUAUUGAACCAGCUACCCGGGCUCGUGCUUCUAUGUCCACCACCAAAGGUUCGGCUUUUCAUACGUCCUCUCCAAAGCCCACAUGGAUUAUUAACUCGGGUGCUACGGAUCACAUGAAAUUUGAUCCUAGCCAACUUAUUAGUCGCAAAUCAACCACUCCAUCGGUGGUAUCUAAUGCUAAUGAUACUGCUUCCUCUAUGGUUAGGGAGGGCUCUAUAUCUAUCUCUAAAUCCAUACAUUUGGAUUCUGUAUUGCUUGUUCCCUCCUUGGACCAUAACUUGUUGACAUCCUCACGGGGAAGACGAUUGGUUGUGGUACUAGGUGAGGCAAACUCUACUACUUGGACUGGGCACCAAAUAAUGAGACCAAGGUUGGUCAAGCUUUCACAACUAGUGGAGCUAGUUCUGAGAGGCAGAGAGAAAAGUUUGGUUAUGGCAUAA